AUGGAAGAUUACGAGGAGAUCGUUUAUAGACCUCCUCGUAAUCCAUCAGCUCAAGAAAUAGAUCUAUAUUGUCAAUUUCUCGGAUUGGAUCCUAAAGAAGACAGCGAACUUUUGUGGAUUGCAGUUGAUGGCUUAAAGGCUCCACUUCCGGAAGGAUGGACAUACUAUGAGCAUAAAACAGAAGACAAAGUUCUAUUUUACAAUAAGAAAACCGGUGAAACUCUUGCCCAUCAUCCACUUGAUGAUCAUUAUUUCACUCUCUUUCAAGAAGAAAAGAAAAAACUUGAUGAAAGAAGACAUAGAAACCAAAAUGUGCCAGAUAACAAACAAAAAUCUAAAAUAAAUCAACAAAAUAAAGUAAAUAACGAAUUAAAAAAUGAUUCAAGUUCAAAAAUCAGCCAAACAACAGCAGAAUAUCAGGCUAUACUAGAUAAAAAAAUCAUGGAAAUAGAGCGAAAGCACGAAGAAAAACUUAACGAAAUUCGACUUCAAAAUCAUUAUGAACUAGAAAAAGAGAAGAAACUUUUAGUUGAUCUCAAAGCCAAAAACAACAAUUUGGAAAAAUCACUACAAUUUCCUAAACCAGAUCCAAAUACUCAAGCAACAAAAAUUCAAUAUCAAAAUGACCUCAAAAUGCUCAAAAAAGACUACGAAAACGAGCUUAAAUUACUAGAUGAAAAUCAUUCCAAAGAAAUAUCCGAACAACAGAAAAGAUUUAGUCAAGAAUUAACAGAUUUACAAACAGAACAAGCAAAAACUAUCAGAGAACUAAAGCAGCAGCACGAAAUUGCAGUUGAAAAGUUGAAAAGAGAUAAUGAAAAGUAUAUUUCGAUGCUUUCAAAUCAAUUCGAAUCAGAUAAAAAAGCAAUUAUCUCAGAUAACACUCAUAGAUUAUCAUUAAUACAAGCAGAAGCCCAGAAAGAGAUAGAUAAUUUCUUAGAUAAUCAUAGAAAAGAAAUAGAAUCAAUGAGAAAAAGACAUGAAGAAAAAAUCAAAGAAAUUAAAAUAAAAGCAGCAAAAAAUCUCGAAAAUGUAAGCAAAGAAGCAUCAAAAUCGCCAAUAAGAGUUUUGAAAGAUGUUAAUGAUAUAGAAAUUGAACAGAAGAAGAAAGAAAAUCAACGAGAAAUCGAAAAAAUCGAAAGUUUGCAGCAACAAAAAAUUUCUCAAAGAAAAACAAAAUUUGAACAACAAAUUCGAAAAAUUGAAGCGGAAAAUGACUUAAAAAUUGCAUCAAUCAAGGACAAAAACAAUCAAGAGCUCAAGAACUAUCAGAAACAGCUUGAACAAGAUAAGAAAAAGAUUUAUUCUCAAGUCAGAAAAGAAAUUAAAGAAAAAGCAAUGUCAAAUUCUAUUUCAACAUUUACAAUUGAUACAAUCAGAAUUGCAUCAAUUAAACCACAAUCAAAGACACCAAAGAAAGGAACACAAAGUCUUCGUAUUAGUAAUAGAUUUGCUUUAAGCCUUGAAGAUGAAAAUGACUCUGAUAAUUCAAAGGAUGUUUCAUUAUCUUUAUCUAGAAUUAUAACUGUUUUUGAAAGAAAAGUUGAAAAUAUAAAUAUUAAAACAAAGAAAAAUGAUUCUGAUAACUCUACUGAAGUUGAUUUUCAAUCAGAUUCGUUUGAUAGUGAGUUAGAUUCAUUUGGACAAACAGAUACUCGAACAAUUAAAUUAUCAAAAGCUGCAGAAAAAGCAAAAUCAAAAUUUUCAAAUUCUGCCGAAAAAGUUUCAUCGGAAAUAACUCAAUCAAUAAAAGAAUUAGAUAAUAAAACAACAUCAUUAAGGACAUAUUGCUCGGAACAGAAUAGAGAUCUAGCGAAGAAUGCAAUUGAAUUUCAACAAAGAACAUUAGAAGUUUCAAAAAUGUUUAAUUCUACUCUUUUAGAGUUAGAAUCUGCACACAGAAUGGCGUUGUCUUCAUUGAUUCAACCACGUGAUAUAAUUAAUGGUAUACAUCCUCCUGUUCAUUUGUCAAUGACGACACCACCUCCAAGAUGGAGAAAAGCACAAAUAAUUAGUGAUGAAAGUUCAGAUUUGGAUUCUACAACAAUUAGAAGCAUAAAAAAUUAUUAUAACGAACAAAAAGAAGCUAAAACUCUUAAUGCACGUCUUAAACGUCAAGAUAAUGACAAUAUUAGAACAUAUGACAUAUAA